AUGGUGGUCUCAUGUGGAGAUGGGCCCCCCCGACCCCAUCCUGGGCGUGACGGAGGCCUUCAAGCGCGACACCAACUCCAAGAAGAUGAACCUGGGCGUCGGGGCGUACCGGGAUGACAACGGAAAGCCCUACGUGCUCAACUGCGUUCGCAAGGCAGAGGCACAGAUAGCAGCUAAGAAGAUGGACAAGGAGUAUUUGACCAUUGGAGGGCUAGCAGAUUUCACCAGGGCAUCAGCAGAGCUGGCGCUGGGUGAAAACAGUGAGGCGUUCAAGAGCGGCCGGUAUGUCACCGUGCAGGGUAUUUCUGGGACUGGAUCUCUGCGGAUUGGAGCCAAUUUUCUGCAACGGUUCUUCAAGUCUAGUCAUGAUGUGUACCUGCCCAAACCAUCUUGGGGCAACCACACACCCAUUUUCCGUGAUGCUGGCCUGCAGCUUCAGGCUUACCGCUACUACGACCCCAAGACCUGCAGCCUUGACUUCUCGGGAGCCAUGGAUGACAUUUCCAAAAUUCCGGAGAAGAGCAUCAUCCUCCUGCAUGCCUGUGCUCACAACCCCACUGGCGUGGAUCCCCGGCAGGAGCAGUGGAAGGAGAUAGCUGCUGUGGUGAAGAAACGGAACCUCCUCGUGUACUUCGACAUGGCCUACCAGGGCUUUGCCAGCGGGGACAUCAACCGGGAUGCCUGGGCUGUGCGGCACUUCAUCGAGCAGGGCAUCAACAUCGUGCUGGCACAGUCGUACGCCAAGAACAUGGGGCUGUACGGGGAGCGCGUGGGCGCUUUCACAGUGAUCUGCAGCGAUGCGGAGGAAGCCAAGAGGGUGGAGUCGCAGCUGAAGAUCCUCAUCCGCCCCAUGUACUCCAACCCGCCCCUCAACGGAGCCCGCAUCGCCUCCCUCAUCCUGAACAGCCCAGAGCUGCGGAAGGAGUGGCUGGUGGAGGUGAAGAGCAUGGCUGACCGGAUCAUCGGCAUGCGAACUCAGCUCGUGUCCAACCUCAAGAAAGAGGGCUCCUCCCACAACUGGCAGCACAUCACCGACCAGAUCGGCAUGUUCUGCUUCACGGGGCUGAAGCCUGAGCAGGUGGAGCGGCUGACCAAGGAGUUCUCCAUCUACAUGACCAAGGACGGCCGAAUCUCCAUGGCGGGAGUCACGUCGGGCAACGUGGGCUACCUGGCUCACGCCAUCCAUCAAGUCACCAAGUAAAGACAGAGCUGUGCCCGGGAGCUGCUGGCCUUCCCUUCC